GCAACAACACAAAACACAUGAAACACCUAAACAAUCUAAUAAUACAAAUACCGAAUAAUUAAAACAAACGCAUCAUAUUCAUGUUAUUUUGUCAUUAGAGUUAGCUACUGCCCAUCAUUAUUCAAUAUUCAUAUGGUCUCUACUGUACUAUACUAGUGCUUUAGACAAACAUCUAUCCCAGUCCCGCAAACACGAAAUAUCAGUCUAUUGUCACCUACAUGUCAUUUCAACUCUUCUACAUCACCCUUAUUAACAUAAUAAGUCUUUCUCAUAAUUUAUCUGUAAUUACUUAAGUUUUUAGUUGUGAUAAAUGGGAGUGACAGAGCGAUCAAAGAAACGGGUUCAUCUAUGGAAGAAAGCCGUUUUACAUUUCUUGCUAUGUUUUGUCAUGGGGUUCUUCACAGGGUUUGCUCCUACUGGUAAACCUACAUUUACUAGGGUUGAUUCUUCAGCAGAAAAACAGUACAACAAUUCCAUGGUGGAGCUAGCACCAAGGCCUAUGCUGGGUGUUACAGGCAACAACAGAAGCCUAUCAGAAACUCCAGAGAGUGCAGUUGAGGAAACUGAAAGUGAAAUUGAAAUUGAGGAAAGGAAACAAAUAAUUGUAAUAAGUCCUACAAAUGAUAAGGAUCCUCUGAGAGGAGUUUUACUAAGAAGGAUGGCAGAUACUCUGAAACUGGUGCCUCCACCAUUGCUGUGGAUUGUUGUGGAGUCAAAAAUGGAGUCUUCUGAUGUAUCAGAUAUACUAAGGAGUACAGGGGUUAUGUAUAGACACUUGGUGUUUAUGGAGAAUUUUACAGAUCAUACAACUGAGAUGGAUCAUCAGAGAAAUCUUGCUCUUAAGCAUAUUGAACAUCAUCGUUUAAGUGGAAUUGUACAUUUUGCUGCACUCUCAAAUGUUUAUCAUCUCAGCUUCUUCGACCACAUUCGAUCUACAGAGACAUUUGGGACAUGGCCACUUGCUAAACUAUCAACAAAAAGAAAGAAAAUGAUAAUUGAAGGGCCAGUUUGCCAAUCUUCCCAAGUCAUUGGAUGGCAUCUGAACAAGUUGAAGAUGGAUACAGAUGAAUUACCAAUUCAUAUUUCUGGUUUUGGAUUCAAUAGCUCUAUCCUAUGGGAUCCUGAACGAUGGGGUUAUCUCCCUUUUGCAGAUGCCACCAAACAGAAUUCACUCAAAUUUGUGAAACAAGCAUUUUUUGAAGAUGAGAGCAAAAUAAGGGGAGUUGCCUCAGAAGAUUGCUCCAAAGUUAACAUCUGGCAACUCCAUCUUUCAUCCUAAAUUAUGUCACUGAAGAUUCUACAUUCCACAUUCCACAUUCUAUGGAGGAGAAACGAUAAUGAACCACAAGAAACAUGAGAUUCGCUAUUACUUCUUAAGCUUCCCCUCUCUAUAUUGCUCUUCUGAUAUAAACCUUGUAUAAUUGAUUUCACCACAUUUUUUGUAACCAGAUCUUGGAAAUAUUCUUUUGGUUUAGCAAUGUACUGUAAUUCACAACCAAAGUCGUAAUGGAAUUAGAUGGAAAUGAACCUUUU